AAUAACACUUGAAGGUGUGAAGGUGUGCUUGACAUCGAAAAAAUCUAUUUCCUUAGCAAAACAUAAACAUUAUAAUUCGUAAUAAUAGAAGCGAAAAGAAUUUUGUUUAUUCAUGAUUUUGUGUACUGUCUUAUCUGCCUUUAAUUUUUUUAUUCAUCCAAAAUGUUUCCGGCCGCAGUUGAAAUGUCCGAAUCCCAAUGUAACUUUCUGGCUGUAUACCCGAGCAAAUCAGGACAACCCUCAUCAGCUGCUGGUAAAUGAUCCCAACACUAUCACAUCAGCUCCGUUUAUCAAAAAUGCUUCCAUUAAGAUCUUGAUACAUGGGUUUUUAGGUAAUAAGGAUAAUACGCCUAAUUCUGAAUUAAGACCAGAGUACAUGAAAUGCUGCAACUACAAUAUUAUAUCCGUGGACUACGAACCAUUGACUCGAAUGCCGUGCUACAUUGAAGCUGCUUAUAGUACCGAGCUAGUGGGAAUGUGCACCGCCCAGCUGGUUGAUAUAUUAGUCAAGAACUACGGUUUCGACCUGUGCUCAAUACAUCCCAUUGGCUUCAGUCUAGGAGGACAUGCUGUGGGGUUCUUAGGGAAUUACAUAAAAUCGGGACGUUUUGACCGCAUAACAGGUCUCGACAUUGCGUUACCACUAUUUAUGACGUCGAACAAAAAUAAGAAGUUAGACGCUAGUGACGCGAAGUUCGUGGAUGUUGUGCAUACCAAUGCUGUGAUGUGUGGUCAUUUCGAGCGAUGUGGUACAGUGGAUUUCUUUGCUAAUAAUGGCAUGAUACAACCUGGCUGUAAAUUUAAAACCCCCGCUGACCUAAUAUCAUAUAUUAAGAAUUAUGCUAAUGCGAACGUAUGCAGCCACACUAGAGCAGUGCAGUAUUUUGCCGAGUCUAUAAACACCAAAGUUGGGUUCUACGGGAUGAAAUGCAACACAUGGUUUGGCUAUAUUAUUGGUUUGUGCAAACUGUUCCAUGGAAACGAAGCAAAAAAACUCUUUGGCGAAUAUGUGCCGCUGAAUGCGAAUGGGCUAUAUUACUUUCCCACAAACUCAAAACCACCAUUUGCAAUUGGUAGUUUACGCAUAUCAGGAAGUUAUUCUGACAAUCAAGAAGAAAAAUCCGAAGAAUUAGAAGAUUUAACAAUUCAAAAUAUAGAAUUUGAUCAAGAAUAUCCUCUAGAAAUAGAAGAAAUAGUUAUGACAUUGAAGUAAUCGGAAAUUUUAGGAACAACAACGUAUGAAAUUUGAUUGUUUAAUAAAUUAAGCUAUUUUCAACCGUUACAUUGUUUGAUGGAUAGAUAAAUAUCUU